UCUCACUCCAUAAUAGCUUCAUUGAAACCCCAGCUCGCUAUCUUUAUCAUCACAAGACCCUGAACCCUCCAGCUCAAUAUGCAGCUCAGUCUCUCUCAGAUUGCCACCAUGGCAGCGGUCUUCGUCUCCAACGCUGCCGCUUGGAAUGUCGAAAUCUUCACUAGUGAUGACUGCAGCGGCGGCCCAACCAUGAUCACUGGCGACCUUCCCAACGUCGAGGAAUGCAUCCAGUUGGACUCGCUCUCAGUCGACGUCAAGAGCGUUUGGUUUGACUACGACGAGACGGACGUUCCGCACAAGGCCAUUCUUUACGACGCCCCGAAUUGUCAAUGCAGCAAUGUCUUGUGCCCUAUCACCGAGUCGAUCGCUGGUACUUACAACUGCGCAAGCACUCAUUUGGGCCUCGGGGUCAAGAGCAUUGGAGUCGUCAAGAUCCACCACUAAGGUAGAGUAGCACACUUU